AUGAAGAAAGUCGAAGCGAGCUUGUCGGUUCUAUUUUGCCUUUUUCUCGGGAUUAAAGAUGGAAAGUCCUCCUUGCUGGAUCCGUUUUGUGGAUUUUCGCAGCCAAAUGAGUUUGGUGGAAAAAUUUUUGGAGGGCACAGUGUGGAUAUACGUUCGCAACCGUGGAUGGUCAGAGUGGUCUCCGCGGUUAAUACGUGUGGCGGCACACUCAUCACCUCUCGUUUUGUUUUGACAGCAGCGCAUUGCCUAACAGAGUUGGAUAUGUGGGUGCUGUUGGGCGAAUUCGAAGUUCUGUACCCCAAUCCGUUGUGGAGAAUUGAAAAAUUUGUCGAUAAGAAAAUUGCUUUUCCUUUGUACCCAAAUGCAGAUGAGCAGUAUGACAUAGCAAUAGUUCGGAUGAGAACAAGUGUGCCGUAUUCGGACUAUAUCAGGCCAAUCUGCCUUUUCGUCAAUGAGGCAGUGCCAAUCGUACAAAAAUUUAACAUUAGCGGCUGGGGUAGAACUGAAAAUCAAAAUAUUAGCCGAACACUGCAGACCGCCAUUGUAAAUGAUGUUGAUCAAAGCCAUUGCAGAAGUAUUUACCGUAGAAUUGUUGAUCAAUCCCAAAUAUGUGCCGGCAGUUACACCAGUGAUGGGGAUUCCGGUGGCCCGUUAUCCGCAGAGAUAAAUUAUGAAGGUCAAUUCCGGACUUUUCAGUUUGGAAUCGCCAGCUAUGGAUCUCCUAAUUGUAAUAGCUUUUCUGUUAACACUAGGGUGGAGUCAUUUAUUGGAUGGAUUCGUCAAGUUGUAGAACACUUCUCACAUUAAAAUAAAACGGCUUUAAUAAACAAUAAAACAGAAAAGAGUAA